CUAGAAAAAUUCUCUUCUGUGUCAAUCAAUAUACUAACAGUUUGAAUGCCAAAUUUUAAUAUAGUUAUUGUUCGACUAAUCAUAGUAUCUUAAAUUUUUCUUUUCCCUUAUAGUCUAAUAAGAGCUAUGAGUACAGGGCCAAAAUAGACCCAAAUGUAGGCUGGCUUCUGCACUGCAGUGCAUGGUAGGAAGCACAGGUAGUGGCCCCAGGAAAGGACUUUUAAUUCCUUAUCAGGAUACCCUAUUUACUGAAAGUGUGAAGCCAUUCUUGUAGACUGAACAGUUGAUGAGGAUGUGCUGAUUUGAUUCUCAUUUCCAUGUACCUCUUGAAUUGUCAGUGAAGCAGCAUAGGCACUUAGAACAAUGUGGAAUCCACUUCUCAUAAUUAUGUGCAGUACAGGAAUCACAAGUGUAUGGUUUGAAUACCAAAGGUAUGCCCUGAAGAGACUGUAACAAAAAUAUUCUGCACUUGUACAUAACUAAUAGUUUGGGGCAACACAAGAAGUAAGAAAAUCCCAGGAAGACUGGUUUGUAGGAGGAAAGAUCGGUAGUGGACUACUGUUGAUUUGGAAGCUCCAUUCUCUCUUGGUUAAUGAUAUAGAUGCCUUAAGGAUCCCAAUUAUGUAUAUGUAUUUAUUAUACAUAUGUAGUUUUAAGACCAGUACUUCAGUCCUUCUUUAAAUAGACAGGUGUACUUGUUGUCAUUCAGUUCUGGCUGACAGUAGAUAAAUUUUGUAUGCUCUGGGUGUUAGAUUGUGCAGCAAGAGGGAUGGAAAGCAGUAAAUUGGGGUUGCAGUAGAUUAGACAAUGCUGCUGAGAGAUGGCUGUGCUGCAGUUGCUGCUUCAUAAUGCUUGUCACUACAAACAAACUGCUUGUCUUUCUGUCUCUUUUUCUGUCCCCCUUCAAUGUUGGAGACCUCUUCCUCCUUCUUUAAUAAACUCUCUGCCUUGCUUUUCCUGGGCUACUGCUUUGUGGAUGUUGACGGCUUCUUGUUGUGACAGGAGAAUGUGUGUGUGUCCUGGGCCCAGGCGGAUUGCAAUUCCAGUCAGAAGCUCCAGAUUGCCAUUGUUCUCUGAUGCCAUGCCAGCACCGACUCAACUAUUGCUUCCAUUAAUUCGCAACUGUGAGAUUGGCAGGAUAUACAAUACUGCAUGCUACUGUCACCAUAAACAUCUGUGUUGCUUGUCACCUCACCUGACUCACCAACACAUGCGAUAUGCCCCACAGAAAAAGUUGGCAACGCUCUGCAGACCAAAGGAGAACUUCAGUCAGUUGAUUCAUGCAAGAAACUAUGUCUCUACACCACAGAGAUUUUACCUCACACCUCCACAGGUCAAUAGCAUCCUGAAAGCGAAUGAGUACAGUUUUAAAGUUCCAGAGUUUGAUGGCAAAAAUGUAAGUUCUGUCCUUGGCUUUGAUAGCAACCAGCUUCCUGCCAAUGCACCAAUAGAAGAUCGAAGGAGUGCAGCCACUUGCUUGCAAACAAGAGGGAUGCUACUUGGAGUGUUUGAUGGCCAUGCAGGAUGUGCUUGUGCACAAGCUGUCAGUGAAAGACUGUUUUAUUACAUAGCUGUUUCUCUGUUACCCCAUGAGACUUUACUUGAAAUAGAAAAUGCUGUUGAGAGUGGUAGAGCACUGCUGCCCAUCUUACAGUGGCACAAGCAUCCGAAUGACUAUUUUAGUAAAGAAGCCUCCAAAUUGUAUUUUAACAGCUUGCGAACAUACUGGCAGGAGCUCAUAGAUCUUAAUACUGGAGAGACAACUGACGUUAAGGAGGCUUUAAUUAAUGCCUUUAAGCGGCUUGACAAUGACAUUUCUUUGGAAGCUCAAGUAGGAGAUCCAAAUUCUUUCCUCAAUUAUUUGGUAUUGCGUGUAGCUUUUUCUGGUGCAACUGCCUGUGUGGCUCAUGUAGAUGGUGUUGAUUUGCAUGUUGCCAAUACAGGUGACAGCAGGGCCAUGCUUGGUGUCCAAGAAGAGGAUGGAACUUGGUCUGCUGUUGCUCUGUCUCAUGAUCAUAAUGCACAGAAUGAAAGUGAGAUUGAACGGUUGAAAGUAGAGCAUCCAAAGUCUGAAGAAAAGAGUGUUGUGAAACAGGAUCGGUUGUUAGGUCUGCUGAUGCCUUUCAGAGCUUUUGGAGAUGUCAAAUUUAAAUGGAGCAUUGACCUUCAGAAGAGAGUGGUAGAGUCAGGCCCAGAUCAGCUUAAUGACAAUGAAUAUACAAAGUUCAUCCCACCAAACUACCAUACUCCUCCAUACCUCACAGCUGAGCCAGAGGUAAUAUAUCACAAAUUAAGACCUCAGGACAAAUUCCUGAUAUUGGCAACGGAUGGCUUGUGGGAAACAAUGCACAGGCAGGAUGUGGUUCGAAUUGUUGGUGAAUAUCUAACUGGUGUCCAUCACCAACAGCCAAUAGCUGUUGGAGGUUACAAAGUAACUCUGGGACAGAUGCAUGGUCUUUUAACAGAAAGGAGAGCUCGGGUCUCUUCAGCCUACGAAGAUCAGAAUGCAGCAACACACUUGAUACGCCAUGCUGUGGGAAACAAUGAGUUUGGCACAGUUGACCAUGACCGGCUAUCCAAGAUGCUCAGUCUUCCAGAAGAGUUGGCUCGGAUGUACAGGGAUGAUAUCACAAUUAUAGUAGUGCAGUUCAAUUCCCAUGUUGUAGGUGCAUGUCAGAAUGAAGAGUUCUAAAUUUUAAGCCAAGGAACGAAAAUUUUCACAGAACAAAAUGGCCAGUAAUGAACAUAGGAUUGUAACAAGUGCAUUCACUUAAUGUCUGGCCAUUGGACUUUGAGCUAGAGCAAAUAUAAUUUGCAAAAGCCCAAGAGAGGAGUCAGAGGGUUAUUAACUAAUUUAUUAUUAGGAGACCUGAACAAUUUAGAACAACUUUGCACUAAACUAUUUCCUGGGACAGUGUCUUGCGAUAUGAAAUUACUUGGUGGAAGUGAAAACUUCACAUACAUCAGUGUGAUGUCAUGCAGGGCAAAAUUCUUGUAUAUGUUGCCACGUGUACAUAUCUGUAUAAGUAGGUGUCUAGUAGCAAUACCAAACAUUGGGUGGGGUCUUCAUUGUAAAUCUAAAUUUCAACUGAGCUGAUGACUUUUAUAUUUAUGAGAUAGCUUUUCUGUCACCUCUUCAGGAGCAGAACAGAAGUUUAUAACAAGUUGGUGAAUGUUUUGCUAUAAUACUUAGCUACUCUCUUUUGAGUAUCUCAGUUGAAAUACGUACCUUAAAAAGUAGUAAAGUGGUAAGUCUUAAGCCAUAAAUGUCACAAUCCUUAAAUUUUAGAAUGAAUCUUGCAUCAAAUGAUUAAUUCACUCUAUUUGCACAGUUCAGAGGCAAUAAAUGAUGGGACCUUUAACCGAGGGAAGUGCAAAAAACCUUUGGCUUGCAUUAUGAAAUUGUGACUAUCUUUUCUGAAAUAUGGUUUAGUCUUCAAUCAGACUGUAUUUCAAAGCAUUGUACUCUUUGCAAGCAACAGUCCUGGUGUGUACCAAAUCUGUUUCCAGUCAUUAGUCUUUGGUCUUGUGUUAAAUCUUGGCAGACAGUACUGACUUUGUAAACUAGUGCAGUCACAUAUGUUGAACUAAAGUUUGAUCUUGUGUUCUGGAUGUUUCAAAUAUAACAAGAUGAAAACAUCUAUAUGACUCUGUCUAGUUUGGUUCCCAUGGUGACUACUGAAAAAAUCAAUGUAAUAAGAUUUGUAAAUAGGUAAAGUAAGAGGGACAGUAUGCAUGCUGUAUGCUUAAACCUCUUGUUGAAAUUGCGGUAUCAAAUGUAAUAUGUAUUUUCUAAAUCUCUCUUCCAGUGUGAACAGUCACUUAGACCUAAAACCUUCUCCUAAAACUGCAUGUCUCAGUGCUUUAGAUCUCUACUGAACACAAUGCAUAUUUAAAUUGUUAGACAAAUUAAAACAUUUUCAUGACUAUCAGUUUUCAAUGUUCGUAAACAAUUGAAUUUGAAGACUUCCCAUAUUUUAAACAAAAUUAAUUUAUUCUUGAACAAGUGGGUGUAAUUCAAAUUUUGCUUAGUAUUUUACCACUAGCUUUCAUCUAGUUGUGAAACACAGGUUGAAGAACCUUAAAAUCCAGUGUGUUUCUCUGUACAGACACCAUAUGAGCAUUCCAUUUAAAUGGCAACACACAUGUAAUCAAUUUCUGAGCUAAAAGGUUCAAAAGAAUUUCAAUAUUCUUGGCAAUGUAGUUUUUUUAUAGAGCACCAAGGAGUACUGUACUAUAUAUGUUGUUAUGUUUAUGGUACAUGUUUGUUAGCAUUAAUGCCCCUUUUCUGUACAUCAAAAGUCACAGUUGUCUAACUUAUUGAAAUGCAAUUAUUGAGAAUAGAUGAUUACACCAACAUCCUGACAUAGGGCACUUUUACUUUAUAAUAUAUUUAUCUGUUUGGAAAUCCUACAGUGUUUGAAGCCCUAUCUGGAGCCUUAAUAAAAAUGGCGGUCUUCCCUUUCUGUGUUCAAGGAAAGUCAUAAUUUUAUCUUUGCCUGUAAUCGCACACCUAAAUUCUUAAUAUAUUUGUGACAAAACUGGAUAGGUCAAAUUUUGUUUUUAUUUUUUUUUAUUUGUUUAGAUACCUACAAAAUAGAACUGUUACAUUAUUCAGGCUUCCUUGCUAUUUUUACUUGUGGAGUGUAUAGUACAUGUAAAUGUUUCAUUUUGGUAUGGCACUAGUCUUAACAAAUUAAGCUCUGAUUCUGACUUUGUAAAAUAAAAGGUGAACAAGCAGGAUUUGAAGACAGACUCACAAAAUAUGUAUUUGGGGAAAUGAAAUGUUUAUGAUAUUAUGGCUUUCUGAACAUCAAGUGAUACAAUCUAAGAACAAGUUUCUUUUAGUAGACUUCAAUAAAAUUAUUACUAUACAAACA